UGUCACAUGACUGCAGGCGGAAGCAUACUCAAAGUAAUCUUAGUAACGUUAUAAGAUGGCUACGCCGUCGGGAGGAGGCGAUCCAGGUAAUGGAACUGAUCAGGUACUAGAACUGGGAAAAAGAUUACUGACAGAUUUCAUCUACGAGCGGGUUCGUCGCCAUGCUGACAGCAGUACUCAGUUGUCKGUGUCACGGACCCAGUUGGGCGGGAGUGCGCUGUGUGACCACAACGAAAAGAAACUGGCCCAGUGCCUGCAGCAGAUUGGAGAUGAGCUGGAUGGCAAUACACAACUCCAAAGUAUGAUAAAUGAUACUGCACUCCAGCCCAGCCAGGAGGUUUUUAUGAGUGUGGCCUGUGAGAUCUUCUCUGAUGGAAAGUUCAACUGGGGCAGGGUGGUGGCACUCUUCUACUUUGCCUGUCGGCUGGUCAUCAAGGCUCUGUUGACCAAGGUCCCCGACAUCAUCAGAACCAUUAUCAGCUGGGCCACAGACUACCUGCGAGAUCAUGUGAUCAACUGGAUUAGGGAGCAGGGUGGCUGGGAGGGAAUCCGUUCCUACUUUGGCACUCCCACCUGGCAGACCGUGGGGGUGUUCCUCGUUGGAGUUCUUACCACUGUGCUGGUCAUCCGCAGGAUGUGAGGGGCAGGAGAGCCUGAGAGAGGAAAGGACAAAGAGGGAGGGACAUAAGACUGGGAGGAGAACUGGGUAGUAGAGACAGAACUGAUGUGAGGGUAAAUGGGAACUGUUUCUGGGGAAGGAAAAGGUGAGGAAAAAUAGAGUUGGGAAUGGAAAAAUGGCAACGUUUGGACCUGAUCAACCACUCCUCUUUCCUGCCCUCCAUCCAUGGCAAAGGAUCGAGUCAGAUUCAAAGUUCUUCUUGCCUCUGUUCCCUACACCGCUGAAAAUGUGAGCGGCUCUUGACCGCACAUACAGGAGAGAAGGAUGGAAAGAGAUCUAUAGACUCGGCCAGGGCACAUCUUUUAAUUAAUUUAUUUUUUAUUUCUUACAAACAAGUCGCUGCAUGACAUUUUGUUGCUUAAGUCUUAUGACAUGAACUGAUGACAUUAAAUCAUUUCCCCCCCUCAGGUUAGCCAUGAGAAUCUCCUAUGCUUUCCUGCUGUGCUUUUAUUUCUGUUGCACUUCUCCCAUUGAGUCUCUCCUUUUUCCUAUCUGAUCAUUCUCUCCAGCCGUCUUCAUGGUAUCUCUUUGCUAGAGUAUGCAUUUUGGGGUGUGUGUGUCUGUGAGCAUCUACGUGUGAUCAUAGGAUCAACAGAUGUUCCAGGUACGUGUGCGCAAUUCUACUGCGCACACACACACAGCACUGUCCUUCUCUCAGACAUUUACCUCUCUCUCAGCAUAGUGUUCAAAGUACUGUAUUCUAUGGUGGGCUAUUUAAAAGUAGACUAUACCAUAAUCCUUCACAAUCAAAUGCUCUUUUUAUACACCUUGUUAAUGUGUUAACAAAUAAGGGAACUUUUUCUUAUUUCUUUUAAGUUGUCAGUGCCUUUGUCCUUUUUUCAUUUGUACAAUAAAUUGCUUUGAUAUUGUUCAAUUUUUUUUUACUUUUUCUAUAUAUCUUUUGUAAAACUCUUGUCCCUUGAAACAAUCUUUUUGCAGUGACAGUUUGUUUUUGUAUGUUGUAAUAUGAACAUAAAAUAAAAACAUUUUAUGGAUUGCGA